CAGGAUUCGUCCAGGCCCAAUGGGCUACGGCUAGCUUUCUCUCUGGGCCUCCUCCCCUCGCACCUCCUCGAAGCCUCGACUGCUCCACGGCCGCCGCCGCCGCCGCCGCCGAUCUCUGCUCCGGUGAGCGAUGCCGAGGCUUCUCCUUCGCCGUCUCUGCGUACGCCACCGCCGCCGCCCAAAACCCCAAGCCCUCGCCGCCGCCGUCUCCAACGGGACCACCUCCGCCAUUGCGGAGGAGCUCACCGACGACCUCCUCGUCGAGAUCCUCUCGCGCGUGCCCUACAAGUCGCUCUGCCGCCUCAAGUGCGUCUCCAUGCGGUGGCGCCGCGUCAUCUCCCACCCCGACCACCGCCGCCAGCUCCCGCGGCAUCACCUCCAGCCCCUCGCCGGCUUCCUCUACGCCGACUACCGCGUACUAAACCGUUUCCAGAUCGUCCCGGCGCUGGAUCCCCCUCCCCUCAUCGAUCCCUCGUUUUCCUUCCUGCCCAAGUGUGAUGAUCUCCAGCUGGUGGACAGCUGCAAUGGCCUCCUCCUCUGCCGCUGCUGGAAUCAGCUCAACGAACACAGGACAUUCAACUACGUGGUGUGCAGUCCUACCGCGAAGAAAUUUGUCGUCUUCCCGGACUCCACCUGCUCCAAGAAGGUCCGGCCGUUUUUGGGGUUUGAUCCGGCUGUCUCGUCUCACUUCCAUGUGUUCGAGGUUGUGGAGGAUUGGGAUUAUUAUGAUUGUGAUGACGAUGAUCUGGAAUGUGAUGGCGUCGAAGAUGUUGUCGGAUUGAGGAUCUACUCGUCCGAAACUGGAGUGUGGAGUGAUGAGAUUGAUAAUGGAUGGAGCAACAGAAUCAGGAUUCGGCGUGAUCAAAAGGGUGGUUCCAAGAGUGUUUUCUUCAAUGGAAUGCUGCAUUUGGUCGCCAUACAGCCUGUGGUGGCUGUGGUGGAUGUGGAGGGGAAGAAUUGGAGAACCAUCCCUCUGGCACACAAGGAUGGUUCUCCUUUGUGUGGUGCUCAUCCUCCUUGUGCUUCUGGUCCAGAGGGAUUCAUUGCUCUGUCCCGGGACCUGCUGCACUUUGCAAGUACUGACAGCUAUGGUGACUGGGAAAUAUCAGUGUGGGUUCUUGAUGAUUACUACGGCGGACAAUGGACCUUGCAACACACGGUCAGCACUAUGCGUCCAUUUGAGCGGACGAUGAGGAGGAGGAUGAACCCUGAUGACUGCACUCUUGUCUGGAUCGAAGGACGUAAGAUGUUUUUCAUGUUUUAUGACUAUGUUCAUUGUAUACUCACGUCAUAUGAAAUGGACAGUGGGGAAGUACGAUGUCUAAGUCGUCCUCGGAGUUAUUGCGAGCCACCAUAUCUUCCAUAUAUUCCCUUGUUCUUGGAAUCAUUAGCAGAUGGGCCCUAAUAAUCUACCGUACUGGAUGGCAGCUCUACCUGUGUCAAUCUUUUCCGAUGAUAUGGGAACUAGAUCACCAAUUGCUACGAGGAUUGAGCCACUUGGACUGCCACAGCAUUGUCUUAUCCAUCAAUAGCAUGAUAUAUAUGCUUUUCUUUGUUUCUGAGAUUGACACAUUUCUAAUGCUUUGUGAAACAGUACUAUGUUCUUAAGUUGGAUGGAGUAUCAAUAUCAAAGUUCGGUGUGGUAAAAAAGGUUCUUGCUUCAUGUUACUUUUGGUUGUGCUUGAUUUCACUCCUGUAACCUGACUUUAUGGUGCUAGUUAUAUGUGUGUACUCAGUGACUGCCAUUUUCGGUCUAACUUUAUGCCAGUAUAGCUGUAUGUGUUUAUUUCUAGUCACUGUAAGUUUUGUCGUCAGACCUGAUACCUGUUUGCACAUCACAAUGGAUGUCUAUAUUGUUCCUUCCCUUACCUUAUUUCUGGUUUUCGAGUUUAUUUGAAUUUCAACAAUGCUAGAAAUCUGA